AUGCCCUCCAAACGCAAGGGCAACACGCCAAAGAAGCCAGCAGCAGCUGCUGCUCCUGCUGUAGCUGCUCCCGCUUCCAACGGUGCUACCCUUCCACCCACCACCUCCAGCAAUGGGAGAUCUCUGACCGCUGACCAGGCCUCUGUCGCCGCGCAGUAUCGUCAGUACGCCGACACCAAACGCGCUCGUCAGAUCGACCCGAAGAAGUACACCCGCACUCCCAAGUCUGGUCUCCUCGUCCUCGCCAUCCUCGGCCUCUUUUCGCUCUUCGGCUCCGUCGUGCUCUACCUCCACUACAAGCUUCCUACGCCGCGUGGCCCAACCACCGUCAUUGCUUCUGGCGUCACUCCUGCCGAUGCGGCUGCCUACCACCCUCCCAUUCCCGGUGUCGUCCCCACCAACAAGGUCGGCGAGUCCCACAAAUUCCACGAGCACUUCUCCGAAGCCAACGCUGUGGGUGUCAUGCACCACCUCUCCGUCGAUGUCGGAUACCGCAUUGUGGGCACAAAGGAGCAUCUCGAGGCCGAAAACUGGCUCUAUGACGUGCUGCGUCGCUACGAGGGCUAUCACGACACAGGCACUCCCCAAUCCCCCGGACGCACUCAGGUCGAGGUGUACAGGCAGAUCGGCGACGGUGCCCAUCGCUUCGAUUUCAUGUCUAGCGUCGUCUGGAAGCGAUACUACUCCAUGUCUAAUCUUGUUGUGCGCAUCUCAGACGGCACCGAUGAGAGCAAGGAGAACAGCCUUUUGCUCAAUGCCCACCUCGACAGCACCCUGCCCAGUCCCGGUGGUGCUGACGACGGUGUUGGUGUCGCCAUCCUCUUGGAAGCUUUGCGUGCCCUGACUUUGCCCAACACAGGCCGCAAGCUGUACAAUUCGGUGGUCCUUCUCUUCAACGACGGUGAGGAGUCGCUUCAGGACGCUAGCCAUCUCUACAUCACGCAGCACAACCAGACCAAUGCCGGCGUCAAGGCCGUCGUCAACCUCGAAGCAUGCGGCACCAGCGGUCCCGAGCUUUUGUUUCAAGCGACGAGUGCAGAGAUGAUCCAAGCCUACUCGCAAGUCCCCCAUCCCUUUGGUACCGUGCUCGCCAACGACGUCUUCUCCACCGGCCUCAUCUUGAGCGAUACUGAUUUUCGCCAGUUUGUCGAGUACGGCAACGACCUCACUGGUCUCGACAUGGCUCUGGUCGGCAACUCGUACUUCUACCACACACGCAAGGACAUCCCGCUCUACCUCGAGCCCGGUGCGACUCAACACUUUGGUGAAAACACGCUGGCCAUCAUCGAACACCUUUGUCUCAAGAACGACAGCCGCACGUUGCUGCGUACUAUCGAACCCUACCAAACGCGCCACACGCUUCCCGUCUACUUUUCCAUUGCCGGCCGCUACUUUGUGCUCAUCCAGAACAAGGCGUUCAAGAGCAUCGUCAUGGGUCUGUCCGCGUUCAUGAACUUCCAGCUUUCAUCGGUCGUCCGCUCCGAGGCAGCUGUGGGAGCGCUCAGUCUCACCAUGAUCAGCUCUGUUUCGGCGCUGGUCUCCAUCGUGGGUGCUGCAUUGGGCGCCAACAUUGUGGCACUCAUCAUGACGCGAGUGCUCGGCAAGGGCAUGUCGUGGUAUUCGCACGAGUUUUUCCCUAUUCUGUUGUAUGGUCCGCCCGCUAUUGCAGGUGUGUUGAUCGUGCAGCUGCUCACGUCCAAGCUGGUCAAGCCGUACCAGCGACCGUAUCUGGAGCGCACCAGUUUGUCUGGACUGGGCAUCUUUUUCAAUCUCAGUCUGCUCGGCCUCAACGCCUUCGGCAUCGGAAGUGCAUACCUGAUGGCGCUGGCUUCGCUGACGUUUACGAUCGCGACGACGCUCAACGACUUUGUGCUCAUCGGGAUCACGCAGAUCGAGGACAAGCUCGUCGCACCGGAUAAUCGAGUUUCGGCGUGGGUCUACCCUCUGAUGACGGUGAUCCCCGGCAUUGUCGGUGUCGAGGGCAUGGCGAGUUUCCUGGACCUCUUCGUACCGCUCACGGGCAGGAUGGGUGAGAUCUCGCCCGCGGACCACAUCAUUGCCAGCAUCGUUGCAGCGCUCGCGUUCCUCAGUUUCCCCUUCGCCAUUCCGCUCGCGCAUCGCUUCACGUCCGAAAACCUCAAGCGCACCAUUCUCGCUCUGAUCGGGAUCACGGCGGCUGUCAUGGCCGUCUUCGCCAGUCCUGGAUGGCAGCCUUUCGACGCAGCCCAUCCCAAACGACUGUUCGUGCAUCAGGUGGAGAACAUUACGUCGAACGAAUGGUUUAUGAACGUCGGCUCUGCGGACCCUGCACCCGGGUUCAAGGCGCUGGCCAACGAGCUGCAGUCGGAAUUCGGCAUCCCCACGCAGGCCCACGCGGCGCUGAUGGAGAUGAACGACUACAACCCAGACUUUGACAUUUUGUACCCCGUCUCGGCCUUCCUCACGCCGUACAAGUUCCAGCUACCCGCUCCACCAGCUUCGACGGCGUUCAGUACCAAAUACGCCGCCCCUGCGCCCGAGGCGAAUCAUUUCACGGUGAAAGCCACCAACGAGGUGAUCGAUCUCGAAGCGGGCACGCGCAGCUUGACGCUCGAGAUGAACCACCCGGGCGUCAUCUGGGCUGUGGUGGCGUUCGACGCCGAGAUUCUGAGCUGGAACCUGCCCAGUGCGCCCCCGGAGGGAUUCCAGCGUCACCACCUCAAGAGCGUCGCGCGCCACGGCAUCUACACCUGGUCCGUCGACCUCGUCCUCCGUCUGCCCGACGACGCCCUCCCAGCCGCCAAAGCCCGCAGUACCGGCACCGGCAUUGUGUCCAAGCUCAAGAAGUCGGCAGGAGCAUCGAGUUCGGGCCGACUCGUCAAGGUCGAUCCGGCUGCUGGCGAGGAAAAGGUCGAGAGAGAUGCUUCGAGACUGUGGAUCGAUGCUUCGGGUCUGGUGGCUGACGAGAUGUUCCCGCAGCACAAGGGCGUUGCAGCCAACGAUCGUCCUGCGAUGAACACGUUUACGAAGAUGGAUGCAUUUAUGCAGGACAAGCAUCCCGAGAUCGACGUCAUGAUGCUCACGGUUGUUGCGGGCGUCUUUGAGGCUUAG